AUAGUGCGGCCUCAGGACAGACGAUCGGGGCUGGUCUUAGUUAAUGUUUCACCAAACUGUCAGCUGACUCUCAGAGCUCCUGUAUAUAAUGAGGAAGCUUCUGUGCAAACUGUCUGCAGCAAAGAGGACUUCGGAGGCUGUAAAGAUGCGUAGUAUCUUUGCUAGUUGUGCACUCGUAGCGCUGCUGCUGGCUGCAGCCUGGGCAGAUCACCACGGCCACGACAACCACAGCCACGACCACAGCCACGACCACAGCCAUGAGGGAGAAAUGACCUGCCACAUAUUGUCCCCUCCCAAUGCCGACUUCGCCUUCGCCCUCUACAAAAGUCUGAAUGCCAAUGCUGCUGCUGGGAAGAACAUCUUCUUCUCCCCGCUGGGCAUCUCCACCGCUCUGUCCAUGCUGUCUGCGGGGGCCAGUGGUCAAACCCACCGGCAGCUGUUCUCCGGCUUGGGCUACAGCGCUCACACCCAGGCAAAGGUCAACGAAGCUUACCAGCAUCUUUUCCACAUGCUCGGCCACAGCCAGCAGGAACAGAAGCUGGAUGUCGGUAACGCCGCCGCGGUGCGCACUGGCUUCAACCCUCUGGCAAAGUUCCUGAAGGAUGUCAAGGACUUCUACUCCGGUGAGAUCUUCAACGUCGACUUUACCAAACCGACCGAGGCUGCAGCAGAGAUCAACAGAUUCAUUGCAAGCAAAACACAGGACAAGAUUCAAGAUAUGGUGAAGGACCUGAGCCCUGAAAUGGCCUUGGUGCUGAUCAACUACGUCUACUUCAGAGGACAGUGGGAGAAACCCUUUGACGGAAACCAGACACACAAAGCCGAGUUCACUGUGGACGAAAACACCAAGGUCCAGGUGGACAUGAUGAAGAGGACCGGCCGCUACGACUUCUAUCAGGACGCAGAAAACCACACCUCCGUCAUCAUGCUGCCCUACAAGGGUAACACCUCCAUGGUGAUCAUCCUGCCUGAGGAAGGCAAGAUGGCCGAGGUGGAGAGCAGCAUCCACAAGGAGCAGAUCCAUCACUGGCACGACUCGCUCUCAAGGAAUUCUGUGGAUCUGUUCCUGCCCAAGUUCUCCAUCUCUGCUGAAGCCUCUCUGGACAGCAUGCUGAAAGAAAUGGGGAUAACUGACGCUUUCGGAGACAACGCCGAUCUCUCCGGCAUAUCUGCCGAGGUCCCGCUCAAAGUCUCAAAGGUGUCCCACCAGGCCGUGCUGAGCGUGGAUGAAACGGGAACAGAGGCGGCGGCAGCCACCACCAUCGAGAUCAUGCCCAUGAGCAUGCCCGAGGUCAUGAGACUCGACCGACCCUUCUUGGUCGUCAUCUGCGAGCACUCGACCAAGAGCAUCCUCUUCAUGGGCAAGAUCAACAACCCGGCAGCCGUGUAAAAGAUGCCAAGGGAAAUGAAUGUUACGUGUACACGCUGCAGCUUCAGUAGCUUCAGGACAUUCGCUAAUUUCUUUUUACCUCAGCAUCCGAAACCCUAAACCCGAGCCUGUCCAGGUGUUUAAAUGUCUUAAUGCAUCAUAUUCUACGGUCUGCAGCACAUCACACAAACACGAGCAGAUACGUCACCAGAAGCAUCUGUUAACACUUCGAGCCAACGUGUUGUUUUUUUUUUCCAUUGCUGUCUAAACAUUGUGAAAUAAAAGAUUGUCGUGAACAACCGGCA